AUGACUACAGCCACAUCUGACCUCAAUGGGGAUGAUGGUGCAUCAACAGCUCAAACAUCUACAGAGAAACCAGUUAUUGCCAUUAAUGCCAGCUCACAAUUAACAUUUGUAAGUGUCUUGAGAGGAUACAAGCUCAUGGGAUAUGUGGAUGGAAGUUUUACCUGUCCACAAGACUCUAAAGUUGAACAAACAGAUCACUGGAUCUGUCAAGAGAGUAUGUUGGUGAACACCAUAAUUGCUUCGGUACAUGAAACUACCCUUCCACUCUUGGGGGAUGUAACCUCCAGUCAUCAAGCAUGGACAAAACUUCAUAUCCUAUUUGUUAACAAGUCAAUAUCCAGAAUCAUGACACUCCAAAAAAAUCUGGUCAAUAUGCACAAAGACAACAAAAAGAUUGAAGCAUACUUAAAUGAUGUAAAACAGAUAGCUGAUGAGCUUGCCUUAACUGGACAUCCUAACAACUAUUACUCAUCAAACUCAACCAAUGGACCCUCUGGGUACUCAAACUAUGGUGGAAAUCGUCCGAGGCCAAGGAUUUUUCGUCAAAUUUGUGACAAACUAGGACAUUCAACCCGCAAAUGCACGAAACUCAAGGCAUAUACAUUUGAAAAUCAGCCCAAAGCAAACUAUCCCUCCAGCCACCAUGGGUUCAAUAACUCAAAUGUUCAACGUUGCCUCGUGGACUCAGGAGCCAGUUAUCACACGACCUAUGAUCUUGGCAAUCUCACUCUCAACUCUGAAUAUGGAGGCACUGAUAAAGUCAAGAUAGGAGAUAGCUCAGACAAGUCAGCCACGGUGGCUCACAUGUCUAGUGUUGAUACUUGGCAUCAAAGAUUGGGGCAUCCCAACUCAGUUCUCUUAUCUUAUUUGUUAAAAUCUGCAAAUUUAUGUCCUCUUGUUUCUACUUCGACCCCUGUUUCUUGCAACUCUUGUGACAUUAAUAAAGUCCACAAGUUUCCAUUUGACAUUUCUUCAGUUCAUACAAGUACUAGUCCUCUACAGUUCCAAAGACUGGUUGAAAGAUAG